UUUAUAAUAAUACGAUAAGAAAUUAUGUCAGUAUAAAGCUGACACAUCCGGGUAAAUAAUCCAUUUUGUUAUUGGUGUUUGACAAAAUGGCGCGGCUUCUGGUCUUGUCUCUGGUGCUGUUAGCAGGUACAGCAUGUUAUGCUAAGCCGACCCGUAUUGUUGGCGGUGAAUUGACUACUAUCGAGGAAUAUCCCGCGAUUGCGCAAGUGGAAUUCCUUGGUGUGGUCUCAGGUGCCUGGUCACAGUCCUGUGCAUGCAACAUUCUCAACUCUUUGAACGUACUCUCGGCUGCUCACUGUUUUACUGGAGCCCUCUACUCCCCUACAAACCGUCGAGUCAGAGCCGGCGCUACUUUCCGCAACACUGGUGGCAUCAUCUCCAACGUAGCUCAGGAGCACAACCAUCCCAGCUAUGGGGCACUAGGAUACGAUGGUGACAUCACCGUGGUCAGGCUGGCUGAACCUCUGGUCUACAGUCCUGUAGUACAGCAGGGUGUUAUCAUCGCUCAGGAUGCAGUGAUCCCUGAUGAUCAGCCUGUCAUCCACGCCGGAUGGGGUACAACUUCUCAAGGCGGUAGCUUGUCCCCACAACUCCGAGAUGUCACAAUUUACACCGUCAACAAUGACCUUUGUCGGGAGCGCUACCAGACUCUUCCCAAUCCCGUACUCGUAACCCCCAAUAUGAUCUGCGCUGGUCUCCUGGACGUCGGAGGUCGUGACGCCUGCCAAGGUGACUCCGGAGGUCCUUUGUACUAUGGUGACAUCAUCAUCGGAGUCGUCUCCUGGGGCCACGGAUGUGCGAACGCCACCUACCCUGGUGUCAGCACUGCUGUCGCCCCCUACACCAACUGGAUUUUAGACACAGCCGUCUAAUUUAAUUUUCAAAUAUGUUUAAAUAUUUUGGUGGAAAUGAUUGGUGGAUUUAUAGUAAGAUCAAAUUAGCCAAACCUUAUUCUUCUUCCUUUACUUCUCCAAUUUUGAGUAAAACUUUAAUUGCUCAACUGCUUCCGCUAAGAAUUAUUUAUGUUCUUUUAAGGUGGAAUCACACUAAAAUCACAGUUAAAAGAGCGAACUCUCACUAUAUCCUUAUUCUUCCAAAAGUAAUAUUCUUUCUUUGCUCGUUUAUAUUCGCGAACAAUUUUAUAGAAUGUUCUAAGAACAAUCCAAUUAUAUUGCGAGUACACGUUUGUGAAAUGCCUUUUCGAAAUUCGAACAGGUCGAUUUUAGAAUGUGUAUUUAUUAAUGGGUAAUAAUAAAUCAACAAGCCAGUGUGCAAAGAACAUAUUAAAAGUCAACAGUGAUAAUGAAUCAACGCUUAAGAACUCAAAACAAGAAUAGUGUGAGAAUAGCACAAAUACCAGAACCGUCGUCUUUCUAUUUUUUUUUUUUGCUGUAACGAUUGUUAUUUUAAUCUAAACGUUCAUCUUUCUAUUGUAUCGUAUUAUUGUAUGCUCUUUCUGUAUAUCUCCUCUUUUAGUCCAUGCUAACACUUACUUUAUAACCUUUGUUGUCUUAUUCUGAAUCCACCUUAAUUUUUGUAUGUUUGGUAGUUUUAUAUAACUUUAUGAUGCUAAUUAUAUGACACUAUAAAAUAAUAA